AUGAUAUUGUUCAUAGUUUUAUUCAGAGAAACCAAAGCUGUGAGAAAUGUAUACUCGUCGAAUAAAAUAAAGAAAAAACAGCCACCAUCAUAAGAAUCUAAAGUUGUCAUACACACUGCGCAAGCGCGGUGACGCGCGUGUCGCUUGUCAUUUCUAUUUGGCUCAGCAAGUGCCCCUAAGCACCUUUUCUAGCAGUUUGUAAACACAGUCGUUUGGAGCGAACCGUUUGAAACCAAAAGUUUGCUGCAGAAGCCUCCAAGGCCCUGUAUUUGACCCACGUAAGGUGCAGCGAUGGCAUCAGAGAAGAAGCCAGAGACAGAAACACCUAAGACACAUUCAGGAUCCUCAUACUCCAAGUCUGCUUCUGUGAAGCCAAACUACUCUUUGAAGUUCACCCUAGCAGGUCACACAAAAGCUAUAUCAUCAGUCAAAUUUAGCCCUAGUGGUGAAUGGUUGGCCAGUUCAUCGGCAGACAAGCUCAUCAAAAUAUGGGGCGCUUUUGAUGGAAAAUUUGAGAAGAGUCUUGCAGGACAUAAACUUGGAAUAUCAGAUGUGGCCUGGUCUUCAGAUUCAAAUCUUUUGGUGUCUGCAUCAGAUGACAAAUCACUGAAGAUCUGGGAUAUGAGUUCGGGAAAAUGUCUGAAGACACUGAAAGGCCAUAGCAACUACGUCUUCUGUUGUAACUUCAACCCACAGUCGAACCUUGUUGUGUCUGGAUCUUUUGAUGAGAGCGUACGGAUUUGGGAUGUCAAAACCGGGAGGUGUCUGAAGACCCUGCCCGCUCACUCGGAUCCCGUCUCAGCGGUUCACUUCAACAGAGACGGAUCUCUAAUAGUAUCCAGUAGCUAUGAUGGUUUAUGCCGAUUGUGGGACACUGCAUCUGGACAAUGUCUGAAAACUCUUAUAGAUGAUGAUAACCCUCCUGUCUCCUUUGUGAAGUUUUCUCCAAAUGGAAAGUACAUUCUUGCUGCGACACUGGACAAUACGUUAAAGCUCUGGGACUACAGCAAGGGAAAGUGUCUCAAGACAUAUACUGGACAUAAGAAUGAAAAGUAUUGUGUGUUUGCCAAUUUUUCUGUAACUGGAGGAAAGUGGAUCGUCUCAGGCUCUGAAGACAACAUGGUGUAUAUCUGGAACUUGCAGACCAAAGAAAUUGUUCAGAAACUGCAAGGGCACACAGAUGUAGUGAUCUCGACAGCUUGUCACCCUACAGAGAACAUCAUUGCCUCUGCAGCCCUGGAGAACGACAAGACCAUCAAACUGUGGAAAAGUGAUUGUUAAGUUAAAGCACUGCACUUCAGAGGCUUGAGUAGAAACCUCAGAAUGAGGUUAAACUGUCUAAACUGUCUUUUACAAUGAUUUGAUAGCACUUAGUGCAGGGUUAUUAUUGGAGAGAUGGGCAGGUCCUGUCUGCUCAGAAUAGUGACAAUCUCACUCAAGCCUUUUCCCCCUUAAUAUAAUCUACUGUAAUGUUUUCAGUUCGUUUUAAUUUGCUACUGAAGAACAAAUGUUUUCUUUCAAACCAUGGAUUCAGUUGUUUUAUUGAUCUGUUUUUCAUUUUUUAAUGUUUUUUUGCCAUCAAAUGAUUCCCGUUAUUGCUUUUCAUUUAAGUGUUUUGGAAUCAUUGAUGUUGAUAUGCGAAUAACCAAUGUGCUUAGGACCUUUAAAUUCUUUCUAAACAUUGUUUUCCACUAUUUAAGCUUAAAUUAAAUUAGUCUUCAUGGCUUUGAUCCAUUGGAGUAGUAGGUAAAUUUCCAUAAAAUGUAUUUAAAUACAAUGGGGAAAAUAUUUAUUUGGUCCUCUGCUGAUUUUUGUACGUUUGCCCACUUAUAAAGAAAUGGAGGGUCUUUAAUUUUUAUGGUAGGUUUAUUUUAACAUAUAUAUACAGAAUACCAACCAAACAAAUCCAGCAAAAAACAUUAUUUAAAGGUUAGAAAUGAAUUUGCAUUUUAGUGAGUGAAAUUAUUUGAAAAGUAUUUGAUCCCAAAGCAAAACUUGACUUAGUACUUGGUGCAGAAACCCUUGUUGUCAAGUACAGAGGUAAGAUGUGUUUUGUAGUUGGUCACCAGGUUUGCACAUAUCUCAGGAGAGAUUUUGAUCCACUCUUUACAGAUUCUCUUUAAAUCCAAAGGUUUCUUGGCUGUUGAUUGCCAACUCAAAGUUUCAGCUCCCUCCACAGAUUUUCUAUAGGAUUGAGGUCUGGAGACUGGCUAGGCCCCUCCAUGACCUUAAUGUGCUGCUUCUUGAGCCACUCCUUUGUUGCCUUGGCAGUAUGUUUCAGGUCAUUGUCAUGCUGGAAGACCCAUCCAUGACCCAUCUUCAAUGUUCUGGCUGAGGGAAUGUGGUUCUCGUCCAAGACUUUAUAGUACAUGACCCGUCCAUUUGCCCCUCAAUGCAGUGAAAAUGUCCUAUGCCCUUAGCAGAAAAAUAGCCCUGAAGCAUAAUGUUUCCACCCCCGUGCUUGACUGUAGGGAUGAUGUUCUUGCGGUCAUAGUCAGCAUUUCUCUUCCUCCAAACACGGCGAAUCGAGUUAAUGCCAAAGAGCUCAAUUUUGGUCUCAUCUGACCGUAGCACUUUCUCCCAAGCCAUCUCUGAAUCAUUAUGUUUUUUGGCAAACUUUAAACGUGCCUGUAUAUGUGCCUUCUUGAGCCGGGGACCAUGGGUGUGUUGCAGGAUUUCAGUCCAUUGCAGCAUAGUGUGUUACCUAUGGUUUACUUGGUGACUGUGGUCCCAACUGUCUUUAGAUCAUUAACAAGCUCCUCCUGUGAUCCCUAACCUUUCUCCUGAUCAUCUUUACCCCAUGAAGCAAGAUCUUGCAUGGAGCUAUAGACUGAAGCCGAUUGAUGGUCAUUUUGUAUUUCUUCCAUUUCUGAAUAAUUGCACCAGCAGUCUCCUUCUCACCAAGCAUGUUGCUGAUGAUCUUGUAGCCCAUUCCAGCCUUGUGCAGAUCUACAAUCUUGUCUCCGACAUCCUUUGACAGCUCUUUGGUCUUGCUCAUGGUGGUGGGAGAGGUUGGAAUAGAAGAUACAGAUUGUGUGGACAUAUGUCUUAUACACAAAACGAGCUGACAUUAGGAGUAACUUCUUAAAAGUGGCAGGACUAAUCUGUUUUCCACAUGGGCACAUAACCAAUCCGUGGGAGCCAGAAUUCUUGCUGGAUGGAAGGGGAUCAAAUACUUAUUUUAUACACUGAAAUGCAAAGCAAUUUCUAACCUUUAUAUGAUGUCUUUUUUUCUGGAUUGUUUUUGGCUGAUAUUGUCUCUAUCCGUUAAAAUAAAACCUACCAUAAAAAUGACAGACCCUUAAUUUCUUUUUAAUUGG